GUCAUAAUCAUGCGACUGCGGCUGUCACAUAACAUGUGAACCGGUUUCUUCAAGAAUAUCACAUAUUAAGUUUUGUACUGAGAUGGAGAACAUCGCCUGUGAUCAGUGAGUCCUGUCCUCUUCCGUCUCCGUCUCUGACCUGUGGACAUAGUCUGUGGACCUGUGGACAUAGUCUGUGGACCUGCGGACAUGUCCAGCCGGGUUCUGGUGAGAUGUGGGCGCGUGCUGAGCCUGGUGUUGGCUCAGGCUCCUGCAGUCUCCGUGCGCCUGUUGCCCGCUGUGGCGGCGGAGGUGCACAGGUCCCCUCUGUGGGCCACUGCAGGGGGGAGGCUCAUGUGUGAGGCAAGGACAGUAAAGAAAGAAGAAAAUUUGCCUAUUAUGCCUGCACGUACCCAUCUGGAGGACCUGAUGGAUCAAGCUGUUGAACCAGAGGACAUACUCCAGGCUUGGGAGGAGAAUUCAGGAACAGGCAACCAAGCAGGCAGUGCCCUUAAAAGAUGGACUCAUUUGGUGAUUAAAACAAAGGGCAAGUUUAAGGAACAAUCCCCUGAGCUGUUGGAAGACCCAAGACUGAAGAAUAUGAUGCAAACUCUGUCUCAGCAGGUGUCUUUAGUGUGGAACAGCACUCUGGUGUCUGCUUUACAAGCUCUGUGGAUUAUGAACCUGCCCCCCACGGAUCCUGUGCUGAAUUCUGUUCAAACCGAGAUCCAGUGGCGCAUUCGCAGACUCACCUACAAACAGCUGGCUCACCUGAUUGACUGGGGUGUUGGGCGGAAAGUACCGCAGGAUGUGGCCAUAGUCAAAGCUGCUAUGAAGCAGCUUGAGCUACGCUGGACUGAGAUCUCUGAUGUUAAAACUAUCAGUACUUUGAUGUCUAAAGGGGAGCAGAUGGCUCCUACACUUCUGGACAGACUGGAGGAUAAGGCCUUGGAGUUAGCUGAAGUUUUCUCAACAGAAGAUAUUCGUAAAGUUUGUUUAUCGUUGGCAGCCCAGAGUCGGCGCUCAGUCGCUGUUCUCAGAGCUCUGUCAUAUCACCUUCUACAGAAAUCAUCAUCAGAGUUCACCACUCAGCUCAUGCUGGAUAUGGCAUUUGUAUAUGGAAAACUGAGCUUCCACCAUACUCAGGUGUUUCAGCGCAUGGCCUCAGAGCUCUUACCCAGAGUUCCUGAGCUCAACCCUGUUGAAGUCAUCCGUCUCACUAAAUCCUUUGGUUUCCUCAAAUGGCUCCAUCUUCCUCUGUUUGAAGCCUUUGUUGAGAAUUAUAUUUCAAACUAUGAGAAGUACAAUGUUUUGCAACUCUCCAAUCUCCUCAUGACAUUUGCUCGACUUGGUUUCCAGCCAAGUAAAGGAGAUGAGUUCUAUGCAAAGGUUCACUCAUCCCUGGAGGGCAGUCUCUCCACAUUUGAGUCUUUCCUGCAGACAGAUGUGGCGUGGUCUUUGUGUGUACUACAGCAGACUAAACCACAGUAUCUGAUCCCUCUAUUACAGGAGCAACACAUCUCCACUCUUAAAGAUAGUUCCCCAGCUCGCAGAAAUAACUAUCGGCUAAAGCUCCUCCAUGUUGCUGCCACACUUCAGUUAGAACAUCCAGGGUCCUUCAACACAGAAUCCUCCCAGAAUGCUCUGGAUGCCCUUCCACACCAAGGCCCCAGGUCCUCCCUCUCACCUCUACAGACCAGCCUUAGAGACAUCCUACACAUGCUGGUGGACAGCAAAACAGAUGCUCUGCGUGUGGGUGUUGACACAGUCUAUGGUUGGACUAUUGAUGGUGAAAUAGUUGUGGACAAUGACAACAAACCAGUGAACCUGUUGCACUUCAAAGCUCCACAUUUAUCAAGUGGAGGAGGAGAAGAAACGUUACCUGCUGAAGCACACCGAAUUGCUUUCUUGGCUUGGGAAUUUCCAAACUUUUGCUCAAAGAGUAAGGACCUCUUGGGACGAUUUGUCAUGAUGAAGAGACACCUGCAGCUCGCAGGCUUCAUCACAGUGGAGGUGCCAUAUUACGAAUGGUUGCAGCUGAAAAGUGACUACCAGAAACUGUCAUAUUUAAAGGAUAAAAUUGGGAAAGCUGUGGCAGAAGACAUGGCCAAGUGAGAUGGACAGAGAUAGUGCAGGCUCAGCUAAAUUAGAGCUUCCCCGACUCAAUGGGGACCACAGGGAAUACACACAAACGCCCACGCUCACAGCAUUGCAGAAAAAUACCGGCUCAUAUUUUGUUAAGGGAAGAAAUAUAAAUAUAUAUAUGGUUUUGGUUCCCCUGGCAACGUGUGGGGCUUUCCCUGUUUCCAUAGAGAUGAUGAGCAAGAGGUUUAGGAGGCAAAGAGACCGAAAUAAACACAACUGCAAGUAAAAAUUAUCUUAUCAACUUCUGCAAGAAAGUCAAUGCAGAAUCCUGUAGGUCACUGGAAAAGCUCGAUCUUCAUUUCUUGGAUUGUUAAACUAUCAAUAUAAACAUGAAUUGAAAGCACUGACUGUAUGAUGAAAUAAAACAUUUUAUUGCAUUUCUGAA